AACACACAAACACAAUACAACUAAAUCACCCUUUCUUUUUAUUAUAUGAACAAGAUGCAACAUCACCAGUUGAAAUAACUGAGAACAAACUGAUUAAUGAGUUUAAAUUGAGAAAUACUAUUAUUUAUAGAGCUUGUGAAAUUGUAGAUAAAUUGUCACAACAUCAUGAGAUG